AUGCAAAAGGAACUUGGACAGAUUCAAGGGGAACUUACUCACAUUCAAACAGAGUUCUCUCAAUUGGAUGCAAAAAUUGAUGUUUGGUUGAAGGAUCUACAGGAGGGAAUCAAAUCAGAGGUACAUACGGAGCUUCAUUCUGAACUUCAUUCUUUAUUCGAACAAUAUUUUGGGCAGGGACCUCCAAUGGCAGUGAACGGAACGGUGAACAGUAAAGGCAAAGGAAUUUUGGGAACACAACCUGGGUUCUCAUCUCAAAAGCACUUAGUAGUAUCUCCAAUGGCAGAGCGGGGUCAUUCAAGUAUGUCUUCACGUGGGGUGCUGGUGGAAGCUGAUCGUUCCACUUUUAGGAUGGAAUGUCCGUCAUUCGAUGGGGAGAACUUCCGAGGUUGGUGGUCCAAGAUUGAGCAGUACUUUGAAGCGGAGGGAAUUGGGGAUCACGCAAAAGUGCGGUUGGUUAUGUUGCAUUUAGAAGGUAAGGCUCUUGAUUGGCAUCAUUUUUUUUCUCGACGGCAUGGGGACUAUAUCAACUGUUUUGGGAAAAUUUAUGCGAGGGGACUUAAGGAGCGCUUUGGAUCGGACUCUUUUUUGGAUCCCAUGGUAGAACUGGUAAUCCUCAAGCAAAUUGGUUCUGUAGACCAGUAUCAUGAUGGGUUUCUAAGUUUAUUGAAUCAGUUGAAUCUUUCUGAAUCUUACGCCCUGAGCAUUUUUCUCAGCAAUCUCAAGGCAGAGAUAGGCCAAUACCUUAGGUUGUUUAAACCUCAGACACUGGUAGAGGGGUACAACUUAGCGAGACAGGUGGAGAAUAUUGUACACGGACCAAUCAAAAAAGAAAAUCUGCUUACCAGUGGUAGUUCAGUGGGCAGACCCUUACUUCCUGUGACUCGGAGUUUUAGGGGAAGCAAUAGUUUAAAUUCAACAAGUGAGUCAACAAAUGGGAAGUCUAAUUUUAGAGUACCCUCAAAGUCUUUGUCUCAGGCCGAAUUAGAGGAUAGGAGGAAGAAGGGGCUUUACUUUUGGUGUGGUCUUAAAUAUUCUCCAGGCCAUAAAUGCUCGAAGUCUCAAAUGUACCAGUUGGUGGUAGAACCAUGGGAGGACAGUUGUCCGGACAUAAGAAGCCCUACUCAAGAGGAUUUUCAAGACUGUCCUGAGCAGUUGGAAACAACAGAAUUAGGAUCUGGAAAUUCAUCUCCUGUAUUAUCAUUACAUGCCUUACAUGGAUUACAAGGACACAAUACCAUGCAGUUCCCAGCAAAUAUUGAUCGAUGUGAGGUGGUGGUUUUGGUAGACUCUGGUAGCACACAUAAUUUCAUUGAUUUCAAGGUAGCUAGAAGAUUGAAGCUGGUCAUCGAACCUGUGCCUUGUUUGAAAGUGUCGGUGGCAAACGGGGUGAAAUUAAACACUCAUGGACUUUGUAAAGCUGUUGAAUGGGAGACACAAGGGUAUAAAUGUGUUAUUGAUUUUUUAGUGUUAUCGGUCAAAGGGUUUGAUGUGGUGCUAGGUAUUCAAUGGUUGCUUUCGUUAGGGCCGAUUGUAUGGGAUUUUGCCAAUCUCACCAUGCAAUUUAAAUGUGGGUUGCGAAAUUACAGUUUAAAGGGCACCAUACCUGGUUCAAUGCAGGUUAUUCCUAGUGGCCAAUUUUCUAGGUGUAUGAGCUUGGUAGGUAAUGGUCCUGGUCCGAUGUUGUUGACCUCAUAUGAUCAGACUGUUCUCACAAUGCCUCCGGCUCAGGCGUCACUUGACUUGGAAAAACUUCUGAAUGAUUUUGAGGAUAUAUUUCAGGUGCCUACACAGUUACCUCCCCUUCGGUUACACGAUCAUAGGAUACCUUUGGUGGACGAAUCCAAGGUGGUUAAGGUGCAUCCGUAUAGGUAUCCAACUGUUCAGAAGGCUGAGAUCAAAAAACUUAUUUAA